AUGGAGCCCGAGAGCAAUGAGGGAGCUGUUCCAAAGACUAAAGAGGGACUAAAACAGAUCGCAGGAAAGGCCCUCGGAAGUCUGUACAGGAGGUUGGAGAAGCGGCAGCAGACGGGCGAGGCCAUCGAGCUGACCGAGGAUGGGAGGCCCCGGGCCGAGCAGGGCCGCAGGGGGCCCCUGUGCGACUGCACGUGCUUCGGACUUCCACGCAGGUACAUCAUCGCCAUGCUGAGCGGCCUGGGCUUCUGCAUCUCCUUCGGCAUCCGCUGCAACUUGGGCGUGGCCAUCGUCAGCAUGGUCAACAACAGCACCAUCCACCAGAACGGCAAGAUCAUCAUUAAAGAGAAAGCCAAAUUUAACUGGGACCCCGAGACGGUGGGGAUGAUCCAUGGCUCCUUCUUCUGGGGUUACAUCGUCACCCAAAUUCCAGGGGGAUAUAUUUCCUCCAGACUGGCUGCCAACAGGGUUUUCGGGGCAGCCAUUGUGCUCACGUCCAUCCUGAACAUGUUCAUCCCCUCUGCGGCCCGCGCGCACUACGGAUGCGUCAUCUUUGUGAGGAUAUUACAAGGCUUGGUUGAGGGAGUGACUUACCCAGCGUGUCACGGCAUCUGGAGUAAAUGGGCUCCUCCACUGGAGAGGAGUCGUCUGGCAACCAUCUCUUUCUGUGGAUCCUACGCUGGUGCGGUCAUAGCCAUGCCUCUAGCUGGAAUCUUAGUCCAGUACACAGGGUGGUCGUCCGUCUUCUACGUGUACGGCACCUUUGGCUUAAUCUGGUACAUGUUUUGGAUCUUGGUGUCCUACGAGAGCCCGGCCGAGCACCCGACCAUCACGGAGGAGGAGCGCCGUUACAUCGAGGAGAGCAUCGGCGAGAGCGCCCAGCUGACGGGCGCCAUGGAGAAAUUCAAGACCCCUUGGAGAAAGUUCUUCACCUCCAUGCCCGUCUAUGCAAUUAUUGUGGCAAACUUCUGCAGGAGUUGGACCUUUUAUCUCCUGCUCAUCAGCCAGCCUGCUUACUUUGAAGAAGUGUUUGGCUUUGAAAUAAGCAAGGUCGGAAUAGUGUCAGCGCUCCCCCACCUGGUCAUGACCAUCAUCGUGCCCUUAGGAGGCCAGUUAGCCGACUACCUGCGUACACACAACAUCCUGUCCACCACCACGGUCCGCAAGAUCAUGAACUGUGGAGGAUUCGGUAUGGAGGCCACCCUCCUCCUGGUGGUGGGUUAUUCUCACAGUAAGGGGAUAGCUAUCUCCUUCUUGGUGCUGGCGGUGGGCUUCAGUGGCUUUGCAAUAUCAGGUUUUAAUGUCAACCAUUUAGACAUCGCUCCACGUUACGCCAGCAUCCUCAUGGGCAUCUCCAAUGGCGUGGGCACCCUGUCAGGGAUGGUCUGCCCUCUAAUCGUGGGAGCCAUGACAAAGAAUAAGACUCGGGAAGAGUGGCAGUACGUCUUCCUGAUUGCCUCCCUGGUGCAUUACGGGGGCGUGGUCUUCUACGGGAUCUUCGCAUCCGGGGACAAACAGCCGUGGGCUGACCCGGAGGAGACCAGCGACGAGAAGUGCGGUUUCAUCGAUGAAGACGAGCUGGCCGAAGAGACGGGCGACAUCACGCAGGGUUACGGCGUCAUGGGCGGGCCCGCUAAAAGCUACGGGGCCACCGCACAGCUCAAUGGAGGAUGGGUGCAGGACUGGGAUAAGACGGAGGAGUAUGUUCAGGAACCCGCCGGGAAGAUGUACUCAGAGCGAGGCUACUCUUAA